GUACCUGUUUUGAUGGCCGAUAGCUGAUUCUUCACACAAAUCACAGGGUGUGGGCCUUGUUCACUCUCCUGAGCAAUGUAGACUUCUGUUCCUGAGCUUCUCCCGAGUCUCGCUCUGAUUCCUUAAUUUUCUCCCCUUUUUCCUCAAUGCAAACUUGAAUGCUCGUCACAUCAAUGAAGAAAGUGGAACCAUUCAGUGUUCCCUCCAAGAAAGUAGAGCUCCCAUCUGCUUCACCGGCAAAGAAAGUUGAGCCAGCUGCUGCAGAGGAAGAUGACGAUGAUGACAUCGACCUUUUUGGUAGUGAUGAUGAAGAGGAAGACCAAGAGGCUGCCAAAGUCCGGGAGGAGAGGUUGCGUCAGUACGCAGAGAAGAAGUCCAAGAAACCGGGUCUCAUUGCCAAGUCUUCUAUCCUUCUGGAUGUGAAGCCAUGGGACGAUGAGACUGACAUGGCGAAGAUGGAGGAGUGCGUCCGGUCCAUCCACAUGGAUGGGCUGGUGUGGGGAGCCUCCAAGCUGGUCCCAGUAGGUUAUGGCAUUAAGAAGCUCCAAAUCCAGUGCGUCGUGGAGGAUGACAAAGUCGGGACGGACAUCCUGGAGGAGGAGAUCACCAAAUUUGAAGACUACGUGCAGAGCGUUGACAUUGCCGCUUUCAACAAGAUCUAGAAGCAAAGCUGUAUCCCCUCUGACACUGUAACUAAUAAAGAUCGAGAUUGGGCCUGCAGACGGG